CAACCGGCGACCGCUUCUCAAUUCUUCUUUUUCUUCUUCUUCUUCUUAUUAUUAUUUGUGUUUAAUUUCCAGUUUACAUACAACAAUUAUUCGUGUUUGUUUCACUCACUCCUCCUCCUCCCUCCGUAGAUUCUCUUCUCUUUUCUUUCGCUCACAGAAUCUGAUUCUGUAAGAUUUGGGAAGGCCAAAAUGGCAUCUUCGAUGAUGCUUCACUCCGACUUGCGUUCGGCCAUACAGAUCGCCUCAACAUUUGGCCGCUUCACCUUCAACCGCCAUCAACGUCUUCUUCUUCUUCUUCCUUCACGCCACCCUUCCAUCUGGUCUCCCAUCAAAUCGACACUUCCAACUGCCAGGUCUAUCUCGAUUGCUGGGAAUGAAAAUGGGACCUCCACAUCUGAUCAAAAGGUAUCAAACAAGCCUCCCGUUUGUACAGCAGACGAGCUCCAUUUCGUUUCCCUCUCCAACUCAGAUUGGAGGCUCGCUCUAUGGCGCUAUAUUCCUCCUCCUCAGGCUCCUCUUAGGAAUCGUCCAUUGUUGCUAUUGUCCGGUGUGGCGACUAAUGCUAUCGGAUAUGAUCUUUCUCCUGAGUCUUCCUUUGCUCGUUACAUGUGUGGGCAAGGAUUUGAUACAUGGAUUCUUGAAGUGCGAGGUGCUGGAUUGAGCAUGGAGCAACCAAAUUCUAAUGAAAUUGAGCAAUCUGCCCAUAAAAUAUCUGAAGAAAUGGAAGCUACUGCUGAGGAAGGUGCUACGAAAGGAGUUGCUUUUCAAGAAAAGGACUCAGCUGAUACCUCCAAUGAUCUGUCUAUGUCAGGUACCUCUAUAAUUGAAGGACAUCCCAGUGGGUUACCAACAGUAUGGGAUGAAUCUGAACUAGUUUCAAAAUUGACUGAAACUUUUAUGAGAUUGUCAGAAAGACUAUCUGGCUUUCUGAGUGAUAGCCAGUCAAAAAUUAUGUCAACAAAGUUUUUGGAUCAAUUAUCACGUCUUUUAGAUGAUUCCUUUUUGUUUGAGCGGUUCAAUGAAAUAAGAGGCAAUAUCUCAAUCUUGUUGGAAGCGAGGGAAAAUUCUGCUGUUUCUAGCCAAAUCAAGGAUUUGAGUAAAAAACUUGUAAAUAUUCUUGAAGAAAGUCAACUUUCUGUCUCACCUCAGAUCUUUAAUUUGCAAGACCGUUUUUUCUCAACAAUUGAAGAUUUCCAGAAGCAGUUAGACUUGAUUGUCAAGUAUGAUUGGGAUUUUGAUUGCUAUCUGGAAGAAGAUGUCCCCACUGCGAUGGAAUACAUAAGAGCACAUAGUCAGUCCAAGGAUGGAAAAUUGUUUGCAAUUGGACACUCAAUGGGGGGUAUCUUGCUGUAUGCCAUGCUAUCACGAUUUGGGUCAGAUGGAAAAGACCCUAAAUUGGCAGCUGUUGUUACUUUGGCAUCAUCGCUUGACUAUACAUCUUCAAGUUCAUCACUCAAGCUGCUUCUUCCCCUUGUUGAUCCUGCUCAGGCUCUCAAUGUCCCUGGUAUUCCUCUAGGGGCAAUGUUAUCAGCAGCUUAUCCUCUUACAUCACGCCCUCCAUUUGUGUUAUCUUGGCUUAAUGAUCUGAUAUCAGCACAAGACAUGAUGCACCCAGAGUUGUUAAGGAAGCUUGUGCUAAACAACUUCUGUACAGUCCCAGCUAAAGUAAUAUUGCAGUUAACGACAGCUUUCCGAGAGGGUGGACUUUGCGAUAGAAGUGGUAAAUUUUUCUACAACGAUCAUCUGAGCAAAAGUAAUGUUCCUGUCCUAGCACUAGCUGGAGACCGAGACUUAAUUUGCCCACCUAAAGCUGUGCAUGAAACUGUGAAGCUGAUCCCGGAGAAGUUAGGCAGCUAUAAAGAAUUUGGAGAGGCAGAUGGUCCCCAUUAUGCACAUUACGACUUAGUUGGCGGACGACUGGCUGUUGAACAAGUAUAUCCCUGUAUAAUUGAAUUUCUUACUCGCCACGACUGAAAAAGAACUCCCCCCGGGUAGAGGAAGGAAGCAAGUUGUGCUUGCUUUCCGAACAAAUGAAUAUAGAGGGAGGAUGUAGAUUUACUACUUGUUGACUGCAAGAAGAAAAUGACGGGGAUGGAUAAUGAAGCUUCAAAAGGAUAUGUGACAUUUACUUAACUUUUGUACAUGAAGAAGAAGAAGAUGUUUCCCAUUCCUCCUCUUCUUUGGGUUAUUAUUGUUGUUUAUAGUUUGUGGCUAUGUGCAUCUGGAACAAGACAAAAAAAAAUAUAAAUAUAUAUAUAUACUAGUUUCAUGAUUCUUGUAACUUAAACAAACAAUUGUACAUGUACGAGACAAUUGAGAAUGAAUUAAUUGCAUAUGGUUCGGUUCAAAACAGUA